AUGAGUGACCGGCACCGUGACGAACGUGCCAAGUGGACAAAGCAGGGCCAAAUGGAGCUCGAGACAAAGACGUCGUUCGGCCCCGUCCAGGAGCGCCGGCGCGCCGGGGCCGUUGGACUUUCAACGCCAACACGCCCGCGCCUCCAAACGCUGCGGGUGCAUGGCCUCCUUAACCUUCCGCAUUCCCACUGCCCACGCGCACAAGCAAAGGCAGCGAUAGCGACGGCUGCCCUGGCGGCUCCAGAGGGAUGGGCAGUGUGGGCGGCGCCGACACAGGCGGCGGCAUCGCUGUUGCCCUCAGCACGGGUGGCAACACAGCUGCCAGGGGCAGCGGGGGCAGCACCACCGCCGUGGCUGGGGCGGGAGGUGGCACCGCUGCAGGCUGGGGCACAGGCGCCGCGCCGGAGUCAGCACCGGCACCUAGGGGUCUUCAGGCAACGACCCGAGAUCGCCGCGAGGAUUAAGAAGCUGACGUUGCGGGGAACACAUUCCGAGGCGCUGCAGGCGGAGAUCAUGUCCUGGGGGCCAUACGACUGUCCCGCAGGCGGGGUGCCGAACAGCGCAGCAUUUACUUUUGUCGUAAAUCUCUUAUGCAUUGCAUAUCCGAUGUCUUGGGAGAGUUGCAACACUCGCACCAAUCCUUCCGCGCCACUAUAA